CACCGUUCCAUGAAUGUGGCAUUGGUCCGUGCCGUAUGCCGGCCCGUCCGCGUCAACCCGACCGAGAGCCUCGGCGUCUGCGGUGGACACUGGCAUGAGAUCGACGGUGCGGAGAAGGCCACGUGCCUCGCGUUCAACCCAUGGGGCACGCUGCUCAGUGUCGGCGAGAAGGAGGGGUUGGUGAUCCUGUGGGAUUUUUCGUCGAUCCCCAACAUCAUCCGCGAACUCGGUCCGAAGACGGUGUCGUCGUCCAUUCCCGAUAUCAAGCAAGCGACAUCGUGUGCAUGGUCACCGGACGGACGCAUCCUUGCCGUCGCGUGCGAGCUCAAAGCCGCGUCGGGAUCAGCUCGGAAAGGCACGUUGUUGCUGUGGGAAGUGGCGACGUCGACGCUCAUCGCGGCCGUGGCAUGCGAUUCCGUGGCGACCCACGUCGUAUUCCCUCCGCUGUCCAUCCAGUCCCCUCCUUCCUCGGGUGAUGAAUCCCAAGAAACAAUGUCAUCCGUGUUGUUGUCCUGUGCGAGCGGAGACCUCCAGACGAUCUCGUGGCGCACGGCGGCUCGGACAACCGACGACUCCCCAUCGACGUUGCAUUACAUCGACCCGUCCAAGGCACCGUCCCUGCACUUCCACACGUGUACCAUCGACACGGUGUCUAUCUUCGCGGCCGUGGGGUCUGGCGAGUCGCCGGCCGCCGCCCCGUCCACGGCCGCUUCCGCGCGCAACACAGCGCCGGUCGUGAUGGCCAAGUUUGGCGCCGACGUCAUCUUCGUCGCGUCUAUGAAAGGUGGCAUUGCGAUGCUCAACCCCCACACAUACGCGGUCAUCGGCGGCCUCUCGUCCGUCGUCCUUUCCAGCGCGGACCUGUACGUGGACGCCACGAGUCUCUUGGUGCCGUCCACCAAGGGCGUGCAUGAAGUGCACCUUCUUCCGCAUGCGCCGUGGAUGGAGGAAGGCCGCGUGUACACGGCCGGCGCCGCGGUGCGCGCGCCAUGGAUCAUGGCCAGCAAGAGCCCCGACUUGCAGUUUGUGCUCGGGAUUCCGCAACCCCGGGGACUCUUUGUCGGGGAAAAAGGUAUGUUUAUGUGGCCGUGUCGUCGGCCGUCCAGUGAAGAAGGAGAUCAAGAAGAAGACUGCAGCAACAAUAACGCGCAUGACAUGUAUCAUGACCACCGCUUUGCUGGAGAGAUGGUGGCCGUGGCGUGGCACCCCACGCGCGAGAGCCUCACGGUCGUGUCGUCCGCUGGCUCGGUGCAUGUGUUGGAAGUGCAAUAUGAAUCGCCGUGGCCGGGUGCUAUGUACCCGCCGGGGUUUGUCCUGAUCAACGACAACGUCGUGUACGAAGAACCAGAGGAUGAGUUUGACCUUGUCGAGCCGCGCCCCGCCGCCCGCCAAGACGAUCCGGCCGUGGCGGUGGACGUGAUCUCGAUCGAUGAUGAUCAACAUGGUGAUGGAAGGAUGACGUGGCUCAAGUACCUGCCGGCGUCUCCGCUCACGACGUGGAACCACGAAGCGCCGGCAUUUGAAGAUGACGACGUGUCGAGUAUCUUUAGCUGCAUGAAGGCCCGCCCGCCGUCCGUCUCGGCAUCGGCGGCGGCACCCGCGGCCCCUUCCAAAUCCAAAAAACGAAAAUCUGGCGGCAGAUAACACACAUAUAGAAUCCUACUACAGUACUACUGGUAUAAAGUUGUUUGGAUUGCA